AUAAUACAAUUAGUAACUGGAAAAUUAUCCGAACAAGAUGGACCCCGUCCUUGUGAGGGCCUGUAUUCCAUUCGUUUAAGUCAUAUGCUCUCUGAAGAUGUAUAUUGGAUGCAUCCAGAUGCUACUAUGUAUCAAGUGAUUGAAAAAUAUAAAUCUUUUAAUUCCUUGGAUGAAUGGAGAUAUGAACUGAGGGUUAGAUACUUACUAGAGGAUAUCCAUGAAUUAUUCAAUAAAGAUAAAGUCACAUUCCAAUAUUUCUAUGAACAAGUGAAGAAUGAUUAUUUAAGGUUAGAAUCUGGUAUUGAUCAAGAUUUAGCUUUGCAACUCUGCUGUAUAGAAAUCAGGAGGUUUUUCAAAGAUAUGACUCAUGUAGCAUUAGAUAAAAAGUCUAAUUUUGAAUAUUUAGAAAGAGAUGUUGGCUUACAUAAAUUUCUUCCUUCUUCAGUAAUUACAGGAAAUAAGCCAAAAACUUUGAGAAAACUGAUUCAAGGACAUUUUAAAAAAUUUUCUUCCUUAAAUGAAACUGAUUGCAUGUUCAAGUUUUUGGAACUUAUAGGCUCAGUUAUGAAGUAUGAUAGAGAGACAUUUAAAUGUGCACUUGGAACUGGUUGGAGUGUACCUGUUGAGUUAGUUAUUGGACCAGAAAUAGGCAUCAGUUACUUAACUGAUAGAGCAGCUCAGCCAACACACAUGGCUAGUUUUAAACAAGUUCAAAACAUUCAAACACUAAAAACAGAUAAUGAUUCAGGAUGUAAAGCUAUUCUUCAGUUGAAAAUUGCUGGAGCUGUAGAAAUGUUAAGUAUAUCAUGUCCCUCUUUGUGUGUUGCUGAGAGUAUGGCAGAUUUAAUUGAUGGUUAUUGUCGACUUACCCAUGGUACCAAAGCAUCCUUUUGGAAUAGAAAAGUUUGCUUAUGGAAGGCUCGUUCAAGUCAAUCCACAUCACCAGAUGCAUAUUCACCAAGAUUAAGGUAUGGGUUAUCAAGAAAAUCAAGUGAUCCAGGUUCCUCAGACCAUAAACAUGGUUUUAAAUUUACAGAAGACUAUGCAGAAAUUGUUGAUGAAGAAGGAGAUUACUCUACUCCAACUGCAAGAGAUUAUGAAUUGUGUCGUUCGGACAUUACUUUAGCCGAUAUAAUAGGUGAAGGUCAAUUUGGUGAUGUACAUAAGGGAACUUACAAAUGGAAGGAAGAUCAGUUUAUACCAGUUGCUAUCAAGACCUGUAAAGUUGAAAGUGAAGAAUCUGUUGGUGAAAAAUUUCUAGAAGAAGCAUAUAUAAUGCAACAGUUUGAUCAUCCUCAUAUUAUCAAAUUAAUUGGAAUAUGUUCAGAAUCACCUAUUUGGAUUGUGAUGGAGCUAGCCAAACAUGGAGAGAUGAGAGCUUAUCUUCAAAAUAAUCAACAUAGGUUAGAUUUAUCUAUUCUAAUAUUAUAUGCUUAUCAAUUGAGUACUGCAUUAUCAUAUUUGGAAAGUAGAAAGUUUGUACACAGGGAUAUUGCAGCACGUAAUGUUCUUGUCUCUGCUCACGACUGUGUUAAAUUGGGUGAUUUUGGAUUAUCAAGAUGGGUAGAAGAUCAAUCUUAUUAUAAAGCUUCAAAAGGAAAAUUACCAAUUAAGUGGAUGGCACCCGAAUCUAUUAAUUUUCGCCGUUUCACUACAGCAAGUGAUGUAUGGAUGUUUGGUGUCUGUAUGUGGGAAAUUUUGAUGAUGGCAAGUGAUGUAUGGAUGUUUGGUGUCUGUAUGUGGGAAAUUUUGAUGAUGGGUGUAAAACCAUUCCAAGGUGUGAAAAAUAAUGAUGUAAUUGGAAGAAUUGAAAAUGGUGAACGGCUACCUUUACCCUCUCAUUGUCCACCUCGAUUAUAUAGUUUAAUGUCACAGUGUUGGUCAUAUGAGCCAUCUAAACGUCCUAGUUUUAAGGAAAUCAAACAUGUAUUGAGAGAAAUAUUAGAAGAAGAAAGAAGACAAAUGGAAGAUGUAAUGAGAAGAGAUAAUCGACGUGUUCAAGCAAUGUCUUGGGGAUCUUCAGGAUCUGAUGAACCGCCCCCAAAACCUUCAAGACAUUAUUUUGAUCGAGGAGGAACCGUUACACCACCACCAACUUCAACAUCAAAUUCUGUAGCACCGUCAACAUACAUUGUAGCACAGAACCCCGAAAUACUUGCUCAAUUGAUACAAGAAAAUGCAGAUAACAUGCCUCCCGCAUGGGCUUAUGUUGCACCCGCAUCACCAGCCAACACUUUUACGGAACAAGAUCCAGAUCAAACAGUUCAAGCAGAUCCAGAAAAAAUGGAACAAUUAAAACAACAAUAUUUAGAAAUGAAAUUACAAAAACAGCAGCAAGAAUCUGAAGAAGAUUCAAAAUGGUUAGCUGAAGAAGAAAGCCAUUUUAUUCCUGUUACUCCUAAAAAUAGGCUUUCAUGUAGUGAACCAUCUCAGAGUUCUGAUACUGAAAGUGUUGAAAUUGAUGGAUUGCCAGGAUCACCUAUUAGUGAUGGUGAUAGUAUUGAACCUCUAAAACCAUUAAAACAAGAUAUUUCUUUACCUAUUAAUAAUCCUGAAUUACCAAAUGGGCAUUCUGAAUCAUCACCAAAGAGAACAGAGAUUUUGGAUCCAGCUCCAACAGCUGACAUAGACAGGUCAAACGAUCCUGUAUAUGAAUGUACUACAAAUGUGGUCAGAGCAAUUAUGCAUUUGUCUCAGGGAGUGCAACAGAGUCGUCACACUGAAUAUUUGGAUCUAGUCAAACAAGUAGGAUUAGAAUUGCGGGGACUAUUGGGUAGUGUUGAUCAGCUUGUCACAAAUUUUCCACCAGAUACACAUCGAGAAAUUGAAAUGGCUCAUAAAGUCUUAAGCAAAGAUAUGGCUAAUUUAGUACAGGCAAUGAAAUUAGCUCAGAGAUAUUCUAGAACAACUUUAGAUGCAGAAUAUAGGAAGGGUAUGCUUUCUGCUGCUCAUAUUUUAGCUAUGGAUGCCAAGAAUUUAUUGGAUGCUGUAGAUUCCGUACGUGUUCAAAUUCGACCCAUUGUAAAAGAUGAAGAUGGAACUCCUGAUGGAAUGCCAGAAAUUGCCUCUGCCUGCCAGGAAGAGGAGCAAGUGAUUAUAUCUGAUGGAGUGAAAGAGAAACUUCAACAUUCUCCUACAGAAAUUAAUAGUACUACAGUUAAUCAUGAAGUGGAUUCAAAGAAAUCAAUUCCUCAAAUGACGGGUGUGAACUGUGAUGUCACCUGAAUUAUAUUUUUUCUUUAAUUUUGACAAGAAAGAUCGGGCCGAGAGAAAAUGGGACGGAGCGACCAAUUUAAAUCUCCAAUGUACAGCAAUUAGCACCCUUUAUCUUUAAAUGGUUCCGUCGUUUCAUGGUCAACAUCCUGUAUAUUGUAGGUAGAAACUAGUCAGUUUUCUUUCACUCUUACAUUUUUCCUAAAUUUUGUUGCCGAACAGUCAAUUACUAAUAAAAACAACACUCCAUUUAUAAUUGGUGCUGGUAAGUGCUGUUAAAUAAGAUAGAAUAAAACAGAAGAACAUGCAGUGUACUUUUUGUCCAAAGAUGCUAUUGGUAACAAUAAACAACAAAAUAAUAAAAACUAUUGUUUCUAAACAAUAAAAAAAUUAUAUAUAUAAUA